AUGCCCAACUCCUGGCAGUAUGAUUUGCCCAUGGACCUGUUUAACACGGUGGCCAGUGGCAAUAGCAUCAGUCUUCAAAAUGCAAACAUAGGUGUCAGCAUCUUUGACUUGCGGACACAUGAAUGGACUGCCGGCGAACUUUGCCCUGAUGAAGAUUACGACAGUGGCUACAUUCAACACUCCCCUGGUGGCACUGCCGUCAACUACCUUGAUCGCUUUAUCAUCAGCCACGGUGGAUUUGUGGGCAACUCAAGCUCAAAUCAGCUCUCCUUCUUCGACAUUCACACCUCAAAGCAGGUUCAUGUGAUCGGCCGGCCCAGCAUGUUCGAGGAAGACGAUCUGACAGACACAGAGGAGCCGAUUGCUUUUCCCCGCUUCCAUCCACACGAACACUCAGUGGAGGGUGACCCUUCGGUCGAUAUCCAAAGCAUCACAGUCAAAGGCGACUGGCCUCGGGCCCGUGAUAAACACUGCGCCUGCAUCCAUGGACCCUUUAUGAUUCUCAUGGGUGGCUGGGCACGCUUUAGCGAGCUGGACGAUUUGUACCGCGACGAAGGCCAGGACCACGCCCACAUCAGUGCUGAACAUACCAAUCAAGCCUGGCUCAGCAGCAUGCAUAUCCUUGAUCUCCGCGAUCUUUUCACCCGCCAGGAAGUGACAUGGCAUCGAAUCGCCAUCGACAAGGGCGUGCCCUGGCCAGCUCCGCGUGCAGCCUUCACAUUAACGCCCGCACCGACACAGCACUGUCUGUACCUUUUUGGGGGCCGAACUAAGGACGCUCGCUGCAACGACUUUUGGCGCUUUGACCUAUUGCGCGGUGAAUGGACCGAGUUGGCCCCGACCAAUGCUGCUGAUCAGGAUCGACCAGCGCCCCGCUCGUGGCACGUGGCAGAACUGCUCCAUGACCGCUGGCUGUACAUUCAGGGAGGGCUUACGGUGCGCGACCACGCCCCGCCACACGGUGAUCUAUGGGCAUAUGACACCUGUGAGGCCCAAUGGCAUCGCAUCGAUGCCCCCGUGCAUGCACGGCUUUGGCACGCAUCAUGCCUGUGGAACGAGACCCUACUCCUGUUCGGAGGCGCCGUCCGCCGGCAACCAUUGCGGACACAGGUCAUCGGCCCUGCCGUUUGCCUCCUCCAGCUCGCUCUUCCCUCCCUCGAGCAAUUGUGUCUGCGUGCCUGUGCCAAAGACAUGCCGCAAGCUGAAAACAAGCAGGCCAGUCAGAACACAAUCGUCAUAAACAUCCAAACUGGAGAAACAACCUCGAGAGAUAAGAAGGAAUGUGUCCAUCUCGCCUGA